AGGAAACGAUGUUGGUCGGAGAAGAGGAAGAGGAAGAAGAGGAAGAGUGAGGGAGGGAGGAAAGGAGGAAAGGAAGAGGGAGUAGGGCCAAGAGACGUAAUUCACCCCUUUCUCUUGGCGCCAACCUGGCGGAAAAAAGGAAAAAAAAAUACGUUUUUUGUCGUUUAGUGAACUUUAGUGUAAUCAAUCGUGGGCAUAUUAUUUUGUAGCCAGUUGCGCUAGGUAGUUUGCUAACCCGCUAGCAUUUUACAUAAUCUUGCCCCCUUUUUUUUCUUCUUCAAGAAACCACAUUAUUUUAGUGACUUAAGUUAGCUAGCUAGCUAGCAACAGCAAGACACAGCGGUCGUUUUAAAACAGCGAUAAUGGGGAGGAAGUCAAACAAAGCGAAGGAGAAGAAGCAGGCUCGCCUGGCGGAGAGGGCAGCCAUGGAUGCAGUGUGUGCCAAGGUGGACGCAGCCAAUAAGCUGGACGACCCAUUGGCUGCUUUCCCAGUCUUCAAAAAGUAUGACAGAAACGGAUUGAAUCUCCAGAUCGAGUGUAAGAGAGUGUCCUCUCUCAACCCCAUGUCUGUGGAGUGGGCCUACGAGCUGACCCGGACCAACAUGCAGACACUGUAUGAGCAAAGCGAGUGGGGAUGGAAGGAGAGAGAAAAGAGGGAUGAGAUGAAAGACGAGAGGGCGUGGUAUCUGCUGGCUCGAGACACAGACUCCUCCCCCGUGGCCUUCUCUCACUUCCGAUUCGAUGUCGAGUGCGGGGAGGAGGUGCUAUACUGUUAUGAGGUCCAGCUGGAGAGUAGGGUGAGAAGGAAAGGACUGGGCAAGUUCCUCAUCCAGAUACUUCAGCUCAUCGCCAACAGCACACAGAUGAAGAAGGUGAUGUUAACAGUAUUCAAACACAACCACGGGGCAUACCAGUUCUUCAGAGAAGCUUUACAGUUCGAUAUCGACGACACCUCCCCCAGUAUGUCUGGUUGUUGUGGCGACGACUGCACCUAUGAGAUCCUGUCGCGGCGGACCAAACAUGCCGAGGCCCAGGGGCACAGCCACGGUGGAGGGCACUGUGGAGGCUGCUGCCACUGAGGGAGCCUGUUCCUGUUUCACCACUUCCUGGUCCCACGCUCUAGAAGCUGCCCCUCGUCCGCUUCUCUGCUCGAGUCAUUACUGUACCCAAACGCCCCAAAUCCCCUGGCCCACUUUAUAUUCCCCCCUCUCUCUCUCACAUCCAUAUUCCCCCCUCGCUCUCUCACAUCCAUAUUCCCCCCUCGCUCUCUCACAUCCAUAUUCCCCCCUCGCUCUCUCACAUCCAUAUUCCCCCCUCGCUUUCUCACAUCCAUAUUCCCCCCUCGCUCUCUCACAUCCAUAUUCCCCCCUCGCUCUCUCACAUCCAUAUUCCCCCCUCGCUCUCUCACAUCCAUACUAUUUCAGUCUUUGAUAAGUUAGGAAUCUGCUUGUGCUCUGUCUAGCCAGCCACCUCUUCAACAGCUUUCUGAACUGUCCCAAGGCUCCAUCCCAAUAAUCCUAAUGCGCAUACUAUUAUGGAUGAAGCGACGUAUUAGCCAUGCAUUCUGAAUGGUAAAUUAGGAUGGAUUGUUGGGACGGAGCCCCACAAAUGUAUUUCUCUUAGUUUGAUCAGGUGUUGUGUAGAUAGCCUCUCUCUUUUCCCCAGAGCCUCUCAUCCGUUUCAGUUGAUCUGCUACAGUAUUUUUAAAUGCUGUCUGAUGGCAGGAACACCCGCUGUUCCUACAUUUUUGUAGAGAGAUGUGUGUGUGUGUGUGAGAUACAUAUAUAUAUAUAUAUAUACACACACACACACACA